GCUGCGCUACGCCACACCAUGUUGUGAGGAAACAAAAGAGACGAAGUCAGUUACGUUAGCCAGCUAGCAUGGUCAAAGCAUAAUUUUUUACACGCGUCAUGUAAAAGAUUAAAAUUACAUGAAAAAUGGUAUUUGUGGGGUUUUGAUUUUCUCACUGGAGGUACCAUGCCUUUCCCCAUCACGAACCAGUCGCAGGCGCCCCCUCAGCCGCCGAAGCACUAUGGAAUCACGUCUCCCAUCAGCCUGGCGCCGCCGAAGGAGGUGGACCUGCUGCUGACGCGGAAGCUGGUGGAGGCGCUGAAGCCCUACGGCGUGUUCGAGGAGGAGCUGGAGUUACAGCGCAGAAUUCUGGUUUUGGGGAAAUUAAACACACUGGUUAAGGGUUGGAUAAGAGACAUCAGUGGAACUAAGAAUUUGCCUGCAUCUGUAAUAGAAAAUGUUGGAGGAAAGAUAUUCACAUUUGGCUCCUACAGGUUAGGAGUUCAUACAAAAGGUGCUGAUAUCGAUGCCCUCUGCGUGGCGCCGCGGCACGUGGAGAGGUCAGACUUUUUCACCUCGUUCUAUGAGAAGCUGAAGGAGCAAGAGGAGGUCAAAGAUUUGAGGGCUGUGGAGGAAGCUUUUGUUCCUGUGAUAAAAUUAUCCUUUGAUGGCAUUGAGAUUGAUAUCCUAUUUGCCCGGUUAGCACUGCAGACCAUCCCAGAAAACUUGGAUCUUCGAGAUGACAGCUUACUCAAGAAUCUAGACAUCCGCUGUAUAAGGAGUCUGAAUGGUUGUCGAGUUACUGAUGAAAUCCUGCAUUUAGUCCCCAACAUAGAGAACUUUAGACUGACACUGAGGGCCAUAAAGCUGUGGGCCAAACGUCACAACAUCUACUCCAACAUCCUGGGCUUCCUGGGGGGUGUGUCAUGGGCCAUGCUGGUUGCCAGAACAUGCCAGCUGUACCCCAAUGCUGUGGCCUCCACACUGGUGCACAAGUUCUUCUUGGUCUUCUCAAAGUGGGAAUGGCCAAACCCUGUCCUCCUGAAGCAGCCUGAAGACUGUAAUCUCAAUCUGCCUGUGUGGGAUCCAAGGGUGACCCCCAGUGACAGGUACCACCUGAUGCCCAUCAUUACACCUGCCUACCCUCAGCAGAACUCCACCUACAAUGUGUCGGCAUCGACCCGUGCCGUCAUGAUGGAGGAGUUCAAACAGGGUCUUGCCAUCACGGACGAAAUCUUGCUGAAUAAAUCUGAUUGGUCCAAACUAUUUGAAGCACCAAACUUCUUUCAGAAAUACAAGCAUUAUAUUGUGUUGCUAGCGAGCGCGCCGACAGAGAAACAGCACCUGGAAUGGGUCGGCUUGGUGGAAUCGAAGAUCCGAAUCCUGGUGGGGAACCUGGAGAAGAAUGAGUUCAUCACGCUGGCCCACGUAAACCCACAGUCAUUUCCAGGACCAAAGGAAGGCAAUGAAAAGGAGGAGAUCAGCACAAUGUGGGUGAUCGGGAUCGUGUUUAAAAAAGUGGAGGGCUCGGAAAACCUCAACGUGGACCUCACCUACGACAUCCAGUCCUUCACUGACACCGUCUACAGGCAGGCGAUCAGCAGCAAGAUGUUCGAGGCGGACAUGAAGAUCACGGCCAUGCACGUGAAGAGGAAGCAGCUGCAGCAGCUGCUGCCAGACCGCGUCGUCCACAAGCGCAGGAAGCACUCAACCGAAGGACCAAGCCUGCUCACUGAGAGUAGUCUGGACCUGUCCCAGGACAGUGACAACAGCAUGUCCGUGCCCUCGCCCACCGCCACGCCCAGGGGUGGGGCAAUCGGUCAGAGCCACACCCCCGGACCUUUGGGGCCCAGCCCCUCACCUCAAUUGGCCACUCCCUCAGACACCGUGGGAGGUCACUCUGCCCCCGCAGGAGGUGACAACGAGGGCCUCACGUCUGCCCCACCCCCUGCCACGGCCGCGCACAAGCCCAUCCCCGGCCUUACACGGUCACCGGCCCCCUGCACCCCUGCCCCCGCAGCACCCAAGAGGACGGGGUCCCCUCUGCUGGAGGAAAGGGCCAAGAGGCUGAAGGUGGAAGAGGAUCCAUCUGCAGAAAAGGGGGCGGCAGGAGAUGGCGUCAGUGUCACAGAGAUGGGAGAAGAUGUCCGUGCAUCUCACAGUGAGGUGACUGCAGAAGCAGAAAUGAAGAGACUUCCCAGUGCAGACCUGUCGGAUGUGCCCCUUCUCCCAGCCAAUCCCAUCUCAGUAGUGAAAAAUUCCAUUAAGCUACGACUUAGCAGGUAGGGAUCCAAGAACAGCGCUAGGAGGCACACCCGAGGAGCAACUCCGCUCCCCAGGGGCAAAUGCUGGGUCACAUCACAACCAGAAAGUACCGAACAAAGCCCACAGCUAAUAGCAAGAGUAUGACCUUCUAGGGGGGCUUUCUGUGUGCGUGUUCCAGCUUUGCCCAGCAGGGGGUGACUCCACUCACAACUUCCACAGUUGACUGCGUUAUCCCCAGACCGGUCAUAUAAUGGAGAAAUCAGGCCACAUAGAUAUGAUGUCAUAACCUCACAUUGUAAAUGUGAUUUCUAAAGAUGCGGGUGUGUGCGUGUGUGUGUGUGUACAUGUUUUUUUACUAUCUGUUGGACAGCUGUCCAGAGCAGGUAUUAUGGCCAUAAUGUUUGAUCAAUCUGUGCUUUUGUUUCAGUGUAAACUAGGUGUGUUUUUUCACAAUCAAAAUUAGUAACAAUAAUUUGGUGCUGCUUAGCAACUACUGGUGUUAGCACUGCUAAACUAUGAAAAAACCUUUACAAAAAUGUUAUUAACAUAAGGUACUCUCUACCAGCAAUCCAGACCCUGUGAGUUGUCUUGGAGCAAAAUCACUCUCAGAAAAGCCUCAACAAAUCGCAGUAGACGUAGAUAGUAUCAUGCUAACUGAAAUGACCAGGGCCUCAGUAAGUAACUUGACCAAAACUUCUUUGGAAAAAUGUGUUGUUUGGUAAACAGGCAACCAUUCCUGCAACUCUAUGGUACCAGUUGUUGCUGGUUAUGGCCAUAGAGGCAGAUAAUUCUGGACCACGGAGAGCUGUGUGUGAACAUAUUACAAGUUCUGACCUGCUCCUAACUAUUCAGUUACAUUUACAGAAUACCUCAAGAGUGUCCGUUAUACAGAAAAAAAGA